AAUCCAAUUUUGUAACCUAUGGUUUAUUUUGUUUUAUUAUUGGGUAAAAGCGAGAACGUAAAAGUGGAAAAUUGGUGCUUUAGUUUACACAGUAAUGUGAAAACGUGAAUUAGAUUGCUAGAAAAAAACAUUUUUUUGUCUGAAUUAAACUCUUAUAAAUGUUUUAAGUGUCGUUAUGUUGAAUCUUAUAACUUUGGUUGAAAACUCCUGAAUCUCGAUCUUGUGACAUAAUGAGUUUAUUAUUUCUUAGCUUGUUAUUUCUUAUCACUACGACACACUCAUUGCCUUACGACGUACAUUGGCUUGGUGGACCAACAGUAGUUGACAGAGAUAUUUCACCUUCAAAACAAACUGUAGAUGUAUAUUGUUAUUCCGGCACUGCGAAAAACCUUCUAGCAUUAUGGCAAACUGUUAAGUUUAAUAUUAAAAUAAAGACAGAUGAGUUUAGUCAGUAUCUGGGCGAGAACCCAGAGGAAGUUUAUAAAGAUUAUACAGACGAUAGCUAUGGCUGGGCAGUGGUUAGUCCAUUUCAAAAGAAGUCAUAUAGAAGCGUGUCUCUUAACCUCUUUACACCUACCUGCAUGGCUAUUAAUACAAAACAGAGACAUAGUAUUGAAUUGCAGAUUCAAAGAGUUGAUAUCUGGCGUGUUAUUAUGAUGGCAUCUGGCAUUACCCUCAUAUUUGCCUCUCGCUCACUUAGUGGUAACCCAGUAUUCUUCUAUUUGUGUGGAAUUGUAGUUGGAGUAUCCGCAUCUUUUAUGGUCAUUGUGUAUUAUAUAAGCAGGCUGCUUCCAAGGAAAACCUUAACCUAUGGUAUAUUAAUAGGCGGUUGGACAGUAGGAGUAUAUAUUUUCCAACAAAUAUGGGAGAAUAUCAGAACAUUAUUGCUCUCAUACCAGGCCUAUAUAUUUUGGUACACUUUUCUGGCUGGUUUUGUCAGUUUCAUAGUAUGCUAUAGAAUAGGACCACCGAAGAAUCAGCGAAGUAAGAAUCUUGUUAUGUGGACAUUACAGGUAGUAGGUGUUUUCGUUAUCUUCUUCAGCAGUCAGUACCAAGAGGCAUCAGCUGCAGUACUGAUCGCGGCACUGGUGGCCAAGUACUUCCCUCAAAGUUGGCUUUACAGGAUACAGGGAUAUUGGCGUCGUAGAUUUCCACCAAAACCACAUUUAUUGACUAGCGAGGAAUACUACGAAGAAGGUGCGCGUGAGACGAAGCGUGCGUUGGAACAACUACGCGAGCAUUGCUCUAGCCCCGAUUGUGCGCAAUGGAGGGUCAUGCUCAAGUUGCACGACGCUAAACGAUUUCGAAAUGAGAGGGGAGACUUAAGAAGACGAAGUUUCGCAAGUUUCGUGGAGGGUAACUCGCAUUUGAGCGACGAUGAAGUAUUGGAUUACGAGUCGUAUGCCUUCUCUAUGGAGAGAUCGAAACGAGCUAGCUCGUCGCGUCUAGAAAUAUCUGAUGAUGAAUCCUCGGAGUAUGACGAUGAAUAAAACAAACAAACAAUCUAUUACGCAUGAUCAAGACACCUUAUUAAUAGUACCAAUUUCAAUUAACUGUAAAUAUAAGUUUUUAUUUCACAUCUGGUGAUCAUUUUACUCUGUGUUCUCUAGCUUUGACAAUAAUUUAUUGUCAAAUUUAUCCGAACUAAACGAACAUCUGACUUUGACAGAUACAUCAUUUUCUUGAGUUUUAGGAUGAAAUUUAGAAAAUAAACUUGCACGAUCUUUCGUGUAUCGAAAUCCGAUACAUUUUUCACUUACAGAAGUCAGGUUUAAAGUUUUAUAACCGAUUCAAAAGUAUACAUUUCCAUAUUAAAUUAUUUAUCAUGCUCUUCAAACUUUUUUUUGAUUUCUUUCAGUUUGCUAUUAAUAAUUAGUUUAACUUUAAUAUUUUUUGUUUGUUUUACACGACAUUUCCCUAGGGUCUAGCCCAAGUUCCCAGCGCAACAAUAGUGAUUUAAACGACAUACGCCAUAAAUAUUUCAAUUAUUAAAUCGGAACUUUAGUGACUUUUGACUGCCAAUGUACAAAAUAUUUAUGAUUCUUAGUUUAAAAUGUUUUAAGUAUGUCAACGAUCUCGUGGUCCUUUUUUUCUUCGUCAUAGACACGUGUUUUCUCUAAGUUGUCACCUUUUUCUUGUUGUAGUUACGAGAUUUAUACAUGUAAAUUCGGUAAUUUAUAUUUAUUAUUAUGUUUGCCAAAUGCAAACAUUAAAUUACACAAAAGAAUUUUAGAUGUAUGAUUCCAACCGUUUUUGCCAUAAAGUCACACACACAAUCUUAAAUUUGAAUGAAUUUAGAUUUAAUGCUGUAAAACUUGAGAGAACGAAGGAUCUCUAAAUGAUGGCGAAAAAAAUAGUCAUUUUAGUUAGUAAUAUUUUUUAAUGUUAAUUUGCAUACAUUUUGUAAGUGUAUUUAAUUUGUGAAUAAUUUAACAACAAUUUGUAAGGAUUCUGAUAGGAUUUAUUGCUGUUUUUUAAUUGAAUUGAGGAAGUCAAAAUUUCUCAAUACUUAUCCUCUCUUUGCUUUUCUCGAUCAUAGCUUUAUUUGUCAAACCGGAAGCUACUGUUAUUAAAGUCAAAAGUUUAGCAAAAUUUAAAUGGUACUACAAAUGAUGAUCGAGUAAAGACAAUGUGAAUUUUGGUAAUGUUUAUAUAAUAGCACCAUAAAGUGUAAAUAAGGCACUUUGAAUAAUGUGUGUACUAUAUUUUUAUAAGACUGUUUUCCUAGUUUGAAUAAAAAAUUAAAU